GGGAACUGAGAGAAUCAGAAAGAGUUUGCCUCGGAGGUCUUACACCCCUAGCGAUUAAAACGAUAGAAGAGAUUCACACAGAAAUAAAAUAUAGCAAGAAUAACCCGGUGCACGAGGAACAAUGUCUGUUGCAGGACUCAAGAAGCAAUUCCACAAAGCUACACAGAAAGUGAGUGAGAAGGUGGGAGGAGCAGAGGGGACAAAGCUUGAUGAAGACUUCACAGACAUGGAAAAGAAAGUAGACACCACAAGCAGGGCUGUCUUAGACAUUAUGAACAAAACAACAGAGUACCUGCAACCCAACCCUGCGACCAGAGCCAAGAUGAGCAUGAUGAACUCCAUGUCCAAGAUUCGUGGUCAGGACAAAGGCCCAGGCUACACACAGGCAGAGACCGUGCUGGGAGAGACCAUGCAGAAGUAUGGCAGAGAGCUGGGGGAGGAGUCCAACUUUGGCCUGGCUCUAAUCGAUGUUGGAGAGGCCAUGCGGGAACUGGGUGAUGUGAAGGAUGCUCUGGAUAUGGAGGUGAAGCAGAACUUCAUUGAUCCAUUGCAGAAUCUGUAUGACAAAGAUCUCAAGGAGAUCCAGCACCAUUUGAAGAAGCUGGAAGGCCGGCGCUUAGAUUUCGACUACAAGAAGAAGAGACUGGGAAAGGUGCAGGAUGAAGAGAUCAAGCAAGCCCUGGAGAAGUUCGAUGACUCCAAGGAGAUCGCUGAGCUGAGCAUGUUUAAUCUCCUAGAGAGUGAUCAGAUCGAACAGGUGAGUCAGCUGGGCGCUUUGGUGCAGGCACAGGUGGAAUACCACAGGCAGGCCACUGAGAUCCUGCAACAGCUCUCCCUCAAAAUGGAGGACAGAAUAAGGGAGGCCUCAACAAAGCCUAGGAAAGAGUUUGCCCCUAAACCGCGCACAUCCAUGGACUUCAGCUCCAAUGAGAACCACAAUGGAGGAAUAUUGCACAGUGGCUCUGCCAGGUCUCCAGUGCCCAUGGACCAGCCUUGCUGUCGGGCCCUGUACGACUUCGACCCGGAGAAUGAGGGUGAGCUGGGCUUCAAGGAGGGUGACAUCAUCACCCUGACCAACAAGAUUGAUGACAACUGGUACGAGGGCAUGCUUCGUGGCCAGUCUGGCUUCUUCCCUGUCAACUAUGUUGACAUCUUAGUGGCACUGCCUCACUAGGCCUGUGCAUCCACAUCGCAUCUGCCAACGGCCUCCAAGACAACCAGGAGACAGACAGUGACAGCUUGAAUGCCCGCGAGUACAACACAAAACCCAAAGGAAAGCUGCAGUGGUCAUGGUGGUUUCACCCUUAGCGCUGUCCUCGCUGCAGCUUGCAUAACCAUUAGUGUCCCUGUCUCAGAGGCUAAGUUCCUCAGCAGAAGGCCUGGCCUCCCCACACUUGAGACAUGUCUUUGUCAGCAGAAAAAAAACUUGCACACCUUUUAUGUAUGCUGCAAACACUCUCCUCUAGUUUUGAGUCUUUACAUGAGAGAUAUAACCUUCACAUACAUUUGUGAGGAAUGUCAAAAAAUAAAACAGAAUUCUUAGUUUGAACACUGAAAAAAUGUUAUUCUAAGUCCAAAUAACUAAAAGUACUAAAGUUAAAGCUUGGCUUUACUGACCCGUGACAGAAACCUGAUGACAGUGUGGAUGUCUGGAUUUGCUUCUUGUGUUUCCUGUUCAGAUCACUUUUUGUAGCAAUACUUGGAAGAGAUGACAAGUCAUCAGUGUAUUCCAUGUUCAUGAGACUGAUAGAGGUGGAAUAUGACAUGGUGCUGUGAGACCAUUUGCACCCAACUCCUCCCUGGAUUGACAGGUGUCAUAAUAAACUGACAAGAUCCUUAUCAGAAAGCACUGUUUACAUGAUAGCUUUGCUGGUGCAUUAAAAAUGCGCACACUCUAAUACAUCUUUUUCUGUUACUAGGUUACAUGUACUACGUACGUGUUACGAUGUA